UAACCCCGCCUAAUCAGUCUAAUUAGAGGAGCGUAUCACACUACCGCAAAAGGCGACUAGUGUUACCAAAUCCAAUCCCUCGGGAAUUGACACAGAACGACGUCAAGAUACCAAUCACCGUAAUUCAUGGCUCUUUACUUUGACUGAAUCGUGACUCAAAUUCCCAUAAGGAGAUCUUCUCUCUCUUAGGUCAAUUUGCCCCAAAAUUGAGAAUUUUGAUCAAGAACACUCAAUUUGCCUAAAUAUACUCAAUCAAUAUAUAGUUAAACAUGCUCAUCAUCAUAUAGAGUUCACAAACAUCACCUACAACAUCCUAUACUAGAGUUCACAUCAUCCAAGUGAAAAAAACUAUUUCAUAGCUAGAAAAAGAGCAACAGCAAGAAAAGAGAAAAAACUCAUGGGAACUUGAUUCUUUGUCUUCCUAGUUGUUUGGAUUGAUCCUUGGAGAUGAAAUCUAGCCUCCAAAUGGUUUGGGUAGGUCAAAUCCACUAUCAAUUCUCCCUUCCUCGUAGCUUUCUCUCUAUAGGUUAAGGAACAAGAAACUCAAUCUCAAUCUCACUCUAAACUCUCCUCAUUGAAAUUCUGCUCCUUCUCCUUUAUGUAGCCUGUGAGUGCACGUUUCACAUCACGCCCGCGAAGUGUAAUCUCCGUGUAAAACGCUUUGCUUCAUGAACACACUUCACGAUUUCCAUACUUACUUCACGGUCUGAGACCGUGGUCCUUGCACUGCCGGCAAGACAAGCGAAACCUCAUGGAAAUCUACGAGCUUCACGACCUCCUUGUAAUCUUCAAGGUCUGUAGCCCGUGAUAAUCCCCUCCAAAUCGUGAUCUAUUCACUUUUCUCCGUUUUGCUCCCUUUCCGAUCUCUUUCGUUCGACUUCCAGUAUUUCCGCUGAUGUCACUUGUUGUGGCCUGAAACAUAGUAAACAUUCAAAAAUCCUACAUAUAAUAGCUUCAAAACGACGAUAAACAAACUAAACAACCAAAUAAUCGUGGUAAAAACUAGAACGAGUCGAAUAAAUACAAUACCGAAUUCCAUCCUUAGACAUCAAGACAAAAACAAAACCCUAGAGCUAACUAAAGACAAAGAGGAAGAGUCGCUAAAAGAACAUGUAGAGAAGGAGAGAGAAAAUAGAGGUAAAAGGAAAACAGGGAAAGGAAAAAGAAAAUUCAGAGGGGCAGAGCUGCAAAAAUCCGCCGCCCUCUCCUUCUACCUCCCGUUUCCUAUCGAUCUCUCCCGUACGAGAAUCUAUAUCUUUUUUUUUUUUGGUUAAAUCGUGUAUCGGCAUUUUGCCAAUCGCACCUCCGAACCCUAAUUUUCUGGUUCGAUUGGGUGUCCUUUUGGUUGUUUUAUUUUGGAAUCACGCCGAUCAGAAAACCAGUCUCUGAAAAUACACUGUUAAUUCCACACCAUAUGACACUUUUUUGACACUCUCUCCCUCUCUCUCGGUUUCCUUCCCCUACUCCACCCUCUGAGGGUUUCUCUGGUUACGCGCGCUAAUGGAGAAUAGCGGCAAUAAUAUCUCUCAACCUCAGCAGCUUAAUAAUCUGCAAUCUCGCCGUGCCGGCAAGACGGCGUUUGUUUCAUCGGCUUGGAGCCACGUCGUUAGAGGUGAGUCAGAAACAAGCUCUGUGGCUCCUUUGUCUCCACCGGCAGCUGUUUCUUCCCCUACCGCUCUGUCGGAACAAGUCUUGGGUUCCGCUUCGUCCUCUUCGAAUACGGAUGAUGAGAUCUGUAAUGGCAAUGCUGGUAAGAGACCAGCUUGGAAUGUACCGUCUAAUGGGGAUGUAGAGAUUGGACCUGUUAUGGGAGCUGUUUCCUGGCCUGCUUUAUCUGAAUCCGCUAGGGUUUCCUCUAAAUCGUCCCCGCCCGAUGGAUCAUCAUCUGUGGUGCCUGUCUCGGGAGGAGGACCUGCAUCCUCGUCUCCUCAGAGACAAGUCAAUAAUAAUGCAACUCCCAACUCAACUCCAAACCAUACUACUCCACAGCGCCAAAGAUCAAUAAAACCGCGUAACAGCGCUCCUUCUUCUGAUGGUAGCUAUCCUCAGCCUUUGGUAGUGUCACAGGGACACGUAGCGGAGGUUCAUCACUCAAAUAACCCUUCUCCUAGGGACCAUGGCUCAAGAAGUUCUCAGCCCCGCAGUAGUAAUGAACAGCAUUCAGGGCAGCAACGCAGUUCAUUCAGAAACCGCAAUGGUGGUGGCCCACAUUCUCGUGCAGAUGGCUCUUACAAUCAUCAUAGUUAUGGAGGAGGUAGGCGUGAUCAAGACCGUGGAAAUCAGGACUGGAAUACUCAUAAUAGGAGUUUCAAUGGUAGGGAUGGCCAUGUGCAGCAGCCACAGAGGGUCACACCGAGGUUCGUGAGGCACCCAGCUCCUCCUGCGUCUACACCUUUUAUGGGACCUGCUCCAGUGCGGCCCUUUGGAGCUCCCAUGGGUUUCCCUGAAUUGGCUUCUCCUUUGUAUUACAUGACUGGUCCUCCACCUCCACAAACUUUGAGAGGAGUGCCUUUUGUUCCAGGACAAAUACAACCUCAUGCGAUGUUCUUCCCUGCUCCAGAUUUUCAGUUGCAUUCUAAAAUAGUGGCUCAGAUUGAUUACUAUUUUAGUAAUGAAAAUUUAAUUCGGGACACCUUUUUGCGCCAGAAUAUGGAUGAAGAGGGCUGGGUACCCAUUAAAUUAAUUGCAGGCUUCAACAAAGUUUCACAUUUGACUGAUAACAUACAGUUUAUAUUGGAUGCGCUCAGGUCUUCCACUGUGGUAGAAGUGCAGGGUGACAAAGUAAGAAGAAGACACGACUGGAUGAGGUGGUUAUUGCCACCAUCUGUUCAGUUUCCAAGUGCACCUAGCCCUAGCCCUCAAGGCCUUGGGAAGUCGAAUCAAGAGAUGCUUGCGGGUAACGUGCAAAACAUGUCCUUAGAGGAGGUCAGUGGCCAGAGUAAUGCGAGACGUCAAGCUGAUAUUCAAUCAAAGGCAUUCCAAAGUAGAUCGUCGUCAGGUGAUUUUAGCAGUCAACCACAGCCAUCAUCUAGCCAUGAAGGUCUGGAUCACUUCACUUCUGCCAAGAAUUGAAGCGUGGAUGUGUUCUGAUGCACAUCGAUGGUGCUUUGGACGGAAAGUGUGGAGCGAGAGGAGGGUUUCAACAACAUGGAUGGGUAGUGGUCUUGCCUUGAUCGCGAUGAAACAUGGUUUCUCGUCGAGGUCUUCUUCUAGAACAUAUAUGGUGGUUUAGGAAACAAGGUUCCAGCUUUUGAAAAGACCAAAGACAAAAAAAAAAAAAAAAAAAAGAGCUAAAACAUCAAUUUCUUUUGUUUAAAAAAAAUUAAAAAUCGGAAAGGAAAUGAAAUGAAAAAUCAAAGGAAAAUUAGAAACAUAAGGCAGCAAACGUUUUUAUGGCUGAAGAUGGUGGCAUCAGAUUAUUGGAAUUUUGUAAAGAAUUCAUUUUUUCUUUGGGACUAUUAUCCUUUGAUUCCUCCCGCCUAAUUAUUCGUUGUGGCACCAUUGGUUUGAAUGGGGAAUUUUUGACAUUGCUCCUUGUAUGUUAUGGUAUUGCUCAGCCAAUUUUAGUUCUUAGGGUUAGGGGUUGCAUUCAGGGACGCCGAGUCUUUUUUAUAGACAAUACGGCGACGAGAAAGUGGCGCAUUGAAUUGUCUUUUGCGUGGUGCCGUUGGCCGAGCUCCAUCUGAAUCUGAUGUGUGCCAAUUUCUCUUUUAUUAAUAAUUUUGAUGAUUAUGA